AUGGCUGAUGAGCUGGCGGCAUUGCGGCAUGCUUGGGAGACAGAGCAGCAGGAACUCCUUCGCUCCGAAAGAGUACUGCAGGCACUUCGACAAGCCCAGACAUCCUUGCGGCAAAGACUUGACGAGCUCUGUGAUGAGUGCCGUCGUCUUCGAGCGGAGGUCAUUGAGAACAACCCCGUCGUGGCCUCCUGCGUUGUGCUGGAGCAGGAGUUUGAGGAGCUUCACGAAGCCCUUGAAGCCCUGGGUCCGCGGAAGGCUUCCCUGGUGCGGGAGCAGCGGAUGCAUCUCCAGGCGAGGGAGGCUUGCCGCGCGCUGGAGAUUGACCGGAAUCGUGCACGUCAAGGACUGCUUGAGGCGCAGAAGCCCUUGCAAGAACAGCGGGGCGCAGCUGAGAGCCGCAUCCAAGCUGCAGAGAUCCAGGCUCGGUCCUUGGUGUCCGCAGAGGUACAGGCGAGGGCGGAGGAGCAGAGGGGCGAGGCUGAGGAGGAGCUCCGGAAGGCACAGGAGGAGGUCUCACAUUUGCGGCUCAAAUUGGCUGACUCCUGGGUGGCAGAUCGUGUCGCGGGCCUAGCGGGCUCUGAGGAUAUGCAAGACCUGGAGGAGGUGGAGCAAGCAUUGCAGUGGCUUGCAAGCACCCAGCACGCAGCUUCCGCACAGACGCAGCUGGUGGAGCGCCUGGAGCGGAAACAGAACAAUCUUCAGCAACGUCUGCGUGAGGUCUCGGAAGAGAAAGCGGCUUUGCAGUCAACUCGGGUGGACUUGGGCGAUGCUGGCAAGGCAAUGCGUGAGACAAUGGCCUCCCAAAGCGAGGGCUACAUCAAGCAGCUCACAGGCCUGGAAAGCGCCAGACGCGUCACUGAUGCAGACAGGAUCAAGCUCAUCCAGGACUGCGCCGACAUGCAAGGUAAGCUGGACGGUCUCCUUGCUCGCGAGGCACGCCAGGCAUCCAUAAGGGGCCGCCACACCCACCUGCAGGCUGCUUGCCGGUGUGUGGCCGAUGAAAGCCAUCGACUGCGGGACAUGAAUGCAGCCUUGGGCGAGAUGCUUCUAAGCGAUGAGACUCCCACGGAGUUCACUCACGACGACAGCGAUGCUGACGCGGUGAUGCGAGUCUUGCUGCUGCAGAAGAAGCUUGUGGACCGUCAGGAGUCCUAUGCCUCAGAGAGGGAGCAGCUGGCAGACAAGGUGCGUGGCCUGGAGCGAUCGGGAGUGUCCCCGCAUCUCUUCGACACCCCGACCUCGGCACCUGCAGCAACACCUGCAGAGGCCCCUUCAAGCUCGCUUGUGGGCUCGAUGCGGGAGCGCUUCUCGCAAUUGCGCGAUGGAGCCCUGAAGCGAACAUGA